AUGAACAUCAACAAAGUGCAGCUCACAUAUGUCCAUUCUCUGCCUCAGUUUAAUAAAAUUUUGGCUGACCCAACAAAAAAUAUAAAGGAUAUAUACCUACCUACCGCAGAAGUCGCUGCUCUCGUGUGGGACAACCAGAAAGAGUUCGUGCAACAAGAAACUACAACAAAUGUUUUCCUCGCUGCAUUCACGACUUCCUGGGCUCGGAUGAAAUUAUACACCGAGAUGGAUAAAUUGGGAAAAGCCGUCCUUUACCAUGAUACUGAUAGUAUUAUAUAUGCAUCAAAUGGAGUCAACGACCCACCAAUCGGAAAUUUUCUAGGCGAGUUUACUGAUGAGCUGAAUGGUGAUGAAAUCACAACAUUCAUUUCGGGAGGUCCUAAAAAUUACGCUUAUGUAACCAAACAAGGAAAGACUUGUUGCAAAGUGCGAGGGUUCACUCUGAACUUUAGGAACUCUCAAAAAUUGAAUUUUGAUUCAAUGCGGAAUUUGGUUUGCAGUAUGGACGAAAAUGAAUCCAUUAGUUUGGUGAAUCCUACGAAAAUCACCAGAGAUGGAAAACGUAGGAAAGUAUCUAACAAAAAGGAGGUAAAAUUAUACAAAAUUAUUUAUAACAAACGUGUUUUGAAAGAGGACUUAACUACAUUACCAUAUGGGUAUUGAUGUGUUUCUCAACAUUAACAAGAGAACAUAUGUCUGUGUGUGUGUAAAUAUUAUUAUAAUUGUGUUAACUUAUGACUGUUUUCAAUAUUUCUUGAUAUUAUUAUUAUUGACUAUAAAUGCAGCAGUUACAAUUUUUUAUGUAACUAACAUGUAAAAAAAUAUGUGUAAAUAAAAAUGUUUUUCAGU